CUGAGAUUAAAAAAAAAAGAAGAAAAAAAGAGAGUGAAGGUGGUGAAGGGCCAUGGCCAAGGAAGAAAGCUACGACGUUGUUUCCGAUCUCAUCGCCUUCCUGAAUGCUUCUCCAACUCCUUUCCACGCCGUCGAGGAGGCAAAGAAGCGGUUGCGAAGUGCGGGGUUUGAGCAACUCAACGAGAGAGAGGCGUGGAAUUUGGAAGCCGGCAAAACGUACUUCUUCACUAGGAAUCACUCUACCAUCGUUGCUUUUGCUAUUGGUAAAAGAUACGUUGCUGGGAAUGGAUUCUACGUAGUUGGUGCUCACACUGAUAGUCCUUGUCUGAAACUGAAGCCCGUGAGCAAGGUGGUUAAAGGUGGAUUUUUGGAGGUUGGGGUGCAGACUUAUGGUGGUGGCUUGUGGCAUACGUGGUUUGAUAGGGAUUUGACCGUUGCUGGGAGAGUAAUGAUUCGAGAAGAAAAAGGAGGUUCUGUUUCUUACUUGCAUCAACUUGUAAGGAUUGAGGAACCAAUAAUGCGGAUCCCAAAUUUGGCUAUUCACUUAGACAGGAAUGUUAAUGAAGGAUUCAAAGCCAACACUCAAACUCAACUUCUUCCCAUCUUAGCAACAUCUGUGAAGGCAGAGCUCAAUAAAGAGGUCUCUGAAAAUGGUUCAGUUGAAAGUGGAAAGCAGAGUGGUGGAAAGAAAGCAAAUGAUAAAACAGACACUAGAAAUACGAAGCACCACUCUCUUCUACUUCAGUUGCUGGCAAGCAAUCUUGGGUGUGAACCAGGUGACAUUUGUGAGCUUGAAUUGCAAGCAUGUGAUACACAACCAAGUAUAGUUGCUGGAGCUGCCAAGGAAUUCAUAUUUUCAGGACGGCUUGAUAACCUCUGCAUGUCAUUUUGCUCGUUGAAGGCACUGAUAGACGCUACAUCCUCUGACAGCAGUCUUAAGGAAGAGACAGGUGUUAGAAUGGUGGCUUUGUUUGACCAUGAGGAAUGUGGAUCUAAUUCUGCACAAGGAGCUGGCUCUAAUGUCAUGCUAAAUGCUUUAUCUAGGGUUACAAAUUCCUUUAGCUCAGACUCCAAGAUGCUUGAGAAAGCAAUACAGAGAAGCUUCCUUGUUUCUGCUGAUAUGGCGCAUGCACUACACCCCAAUUACAUGGACAAACAUGAAGAGAACCAUCAGCCUAAACUACAUGGAGGACUUGUCAUUAAACACAAUGCAAACCAACGCUAUGCAACCAAUGCAGUCACAUCCUUCGUAUUCAGAGAGAUAGCAUCAAAACAUAACCUUCCCAUUCAGGACUUUGUGGUGCGCAAUGAUAUGCCUUGUGGUUCAACCAUUGGUCCCAUCCUUGCAAGUAGCGUGGGUAUUCGCACAGUUGAUGUAGGUGCACCGCAGUUGUCAAUGCAUAGCAUACGAGAAAUGUGUGCUGUUGAUGAUGUAAAGCAUUCAUAUGAGCAUUUCAAGGCCUUUUUCCUAGAAUUCUCUCAUUUGGAUGCAAAAAUUGCCGUGGACAUAUAGGUUAUCUCUACUGAGGAAUUGCUCAUCGAUCGUUUGCUUUGGAUGCUGUUGCUGAAGCGUUUGAUGAUGUACAAUAUAAUAAAAUAUUAAUAUAAGGCUGAUAUUGUUUAUAGAUGACAAAGUAAGAUUUUCGUUAAUAUCAGAUUCGAUGAAUGCAAUGUAAGAAGUUAUAUCAUGUAUGCGUGCUUGCUGUACUUUACAUGAAU